AUGCUGCGCCAGGCCAUUCAAGGAGCCCGAUGGUGUCAGCAUGUCGCCCGCAGCUCAGCGACACGCGCUCCACGCCGGGCCUUUACCGCCGCACCUCCGCGACGUCUUGAUUUUGGCGGACCGAACGACAAAGUGAAUUUCUACGAGCAGGAAACUCCCAACGGCAAACGAAAUCGAGUCGAUCCUGAAGCGGAGGAUAAUGUAGAGCGAGAGGAUGUCGCCAAACAGCUGGCGCAACUUGACGAUGAACUGAAAGUUUUGGAAGACGGGCCUUUUGCUCCAAACAGCCCUUUCAUACAAAGCCUACCGGAGGAGGACAGGAAGAUUGCUUUGGAAGCUCUGCGGAAAUUUGACCUCGAAAAUCCUUCGCCGGACCAUGAACCUUCACUGACGGAGGUGUUCGACAACGAGUUGGACGAUAUGCUACGAGAAGAGUUCGAGGGCCUUGCCAACGAAGAAGCCAACUGGGAGGAUGGUGCUAAGUCAAGGAAACGUCUCGCCGCGAAAUCUGCCGCUGCUGCGAAGAGAGCAGAUUCUGAACCACACCCGUACACAAUCAAGUUGAACGACGCUUUGCAACAAUUUCAAGGCAAGGAAUCAGAUGAUCGAGCUCGGCAAGAAUUGUGGAAGUGGUAUAGGCGAUGCAAGCAGACAAUUCCGAAUUUCUUGACUAUCAUGCCCAAGGGCACAUUGGAUGCUGUCUGGAACGCGCAAGCAACAGGAGAGGCUGAUGCCGCCUUGCGCUCGACACAUAUGCAAACAUUGGUUCAGGAUGCUGCAUCAAUUGGACAAGAACUCAGCACGCCCCAGAUACUGUUCUACAUCGUAUCUCUCCAUGACGCCAGCGCCACCAGCCUGGCUUUGGAACAAUGGGAGGCACAUCAGGCUGAGUUAUCCAAAAAGAAACAGGAUUUGGAGGAGUACUGGAAACUUGGUGUUCGAUUGUUUGCAGCAGACAACAACCCUCAAAGAGCCCAGGAUAUUGCUUUGGCCUUCUUAGCAAACGAUAAGACUCGCCAGCCGCGGGUUCUCAUUCCAGUCAUCAUUGCAUGGGGCAAGCUGUCCGGGAAAGAAGCCGAAGUAAAAGCUUGGGCACUUUAUCUGCAACUGAAGACAUUGCUGGGCUCAGAAAUGUCCAUGGAAGACUACGAUAAGAUCAGUAUUGGUCUUCUUACCGCAGGCCGGUUGGAUACUGCCGUUGCAAUCUUCAAGGACAUGAUGGUGACAGGAAAAGACCCGGCUAACGAUUCAACUGCUCUGUAUAAAUCUGCUCUUGGUCUAGCAGGAAGUCUGCAUGCAUCUAGCAUCAACGAAAACGCCGUGAACAAGGUUUCCUUGUCUGUGCUCAAAGUAUUACCUCGUCGAUUCGAAAAUCGAUUCUUCUAUGCCAGUUGGAUGAAGAAGCUCAUUGGCAUGGGUGAGGUUGAUUCGGCGGCACUGGUCAUUGAACUCAUGUAUGAGCGCGGUGUCAAGCCUGAUAGCAAGCAUCUGAACGGAAUCAUCGCGGGCUGGCUUCGCGAUGGAAGCACCGUUGCGCGCGAGAAAGCAGAGCGACUUGCUUGGUCUAUGGUUCAACAUCGCAUCGAUGCUGCAUGGAAACGCUUUCAACCAGCCGCGAUCUCCCCCCGCCUUCAAGUCACGCAUGAGCCAGAGGUCCGUCUGCCCCAUUUCAUGCAAAGACAAGUCCCACCUGCAACGAUUGAAACAUUCUCCAUUCUUCUUUUACAUUAUACCCGUCGUGGUGAUGACAACAUGGUCAAAUACUUAAUCAAGUGUCUCGGAGACGCCCAGAUCAAACCAAACGCCUACUUCAUGAAUCACCUCCUAUACGCAGAACUCCGAAAACAAGACGUGCGUUCUCUCUGGUCUAAGUUCCAAACCAUGUCCGUCGCCAUUCGACCCGACCUAGAGACAUAUGCCUGUCUCUGGGACUGCGGUAAACUCCAGUAUGACCGCGGACGCACUGCCUUUGACAUUGGCUUCCCGUCCGCACGCCAGUUGUAUGCCAACAUGUUGUCCUGGUUCUCGCAAUUAUCUCCUAGCAUCCAGAAAGCCACACGCGAGCAGAUGCCCAAGGAACUGUACGAUCAAAUCAUUCGAUGCUUCUGUCUCUCGAAGGACGUACCUGGCACAUUAGUUGCUAUAUACUCAAUGCGAUCUGUCUUCGGCUUUGCCCCCGACGACACCACUGCCCGCUCGAUCGUCCUUCAAGUCGCGCGACUAGCUGCCGUACCAGCCGACACCCCGAAACGACGUCUCCGUCGCUUGUCUUCGACACCACGCAGCAAAGAAAACAUCGGCCAAGUCAGCCGAUUAUUGGAGUUGCUGGGUGACCGCCAGGCUGAAAGUCUGCGGUUGCAGGGACUCACUGUUGAUCAGCUGGAUCCGGAGGAACUGAAGCAGUAUCAAAUAGAGAUCAUGGGUAGCAUGCUGCGCAUCGUUCUGAGUCGAACUGACGACUUGAAUCCGGCCCAAAUCGAGGACAAAGUAGACGCAGUGGCGAAGGAAAUGACGGUAGGGCAGAUCGACUUGGGAUCGCCCUUGGGGAUGUAUGAUAGCAAGCUUCUGUGA